AUGCAGCACUUUCGCUCCGAUCAGCCGGCCAGUUACCUGACGCCAAUGCCGCUCUUUUCGGACAAUGCGCUUGUUGAUACAAAGCCCUUGACGUUCGAGCGCGUCGCCAAUACUCGCACCACAACAACUUAUAAUCCCGCUUCAACGCAACGCGGGCGUCGCUUCGCUUCAGUAAACAACAGCUACCCUAACUUUCCCGCUACAACGUCAACACCGACACACAACACUUACAGCCAACAACUUCGCUCGCCCUUGAACCCCAUCUCGCACAACGCUCGACCAUCACGAGCAUCCUUCUCGCAAACAACUGCACCUGCGGACUCCAAACCCUACACGCACAACCCGGACCCACGGUCUGAAACACCAUUCAACAUGCAGAACCAAAUUCAGCCCCCGACCGGCGGUCCCGCCCUCCUCACAGCUCAGUUCCAGCGAGUGCUACAGGGUAUUGAUCAACCACUGCGAAUCACUGGCACAGCAUCUGCCCUGCAGAAGUUGACCGACAUCCUGAACGCUGGAUUCUACAUCAGGCGCCUCAACGACACGUCGGCUACCACGGCCUUCGAACUGUCCCUGCGGCCUUACCAGAUCAAAGGAUUCUUUCCGACCGAUGCGGAGAUGACCUCCCUGUCCAAUUUGCCAAAAUGCCUGCAACUUGCUUCUGGGUUCAACUCCGACCAAGAUCUCACCAUGGCUCCGACCGAGAGUGCUGCGAACCACAUCUUACCGCCACUCGCUGCGCUGCGCGUAAUCGAUGGCGCCCGAAGGUACAUGGAGAUCGGAGACAGACUUCGUCAUGGCUACAAAUACUGCUUCGACAUGCUCAUCCUAACUCGCGUCAACAACCAUCAAUUCCUCGUACAUGAGUUGCCAUUAUCAUCAGGAACGACACCCAGUACCCACAGUGUGCUACUGUUCCGUCAAUUUGUACGCAACGAGCAGGGCAACCUUACAGAGGAGUGGUCACCGUCCAUCACUGUUCGAGGCAUUCCACCUCCACGCGCUCAGCCCAUACCCGUCGGUGCUCCUCUCGCUGCCAAUGCUCCUCCUGUAGCUGGCCCCUCAAACCAGCCGCAACCACCCAUGCCGCCCGCCGCCCAGCCUGCUCAAACAGCACAGACCACCCACAACUGGGGCAAUGGCAAUGGGGUGGAUCCACUCAUAGGCGUGACAGACCCGAACACGGUGGAGGGCGAUCUCAUUCUUCGCGUAGCCAUGCGCUACACCAACAAGGAGAUUCACCAAAUACUCGCCGACAAAGGCAGCACUGCGAAGUACAACUCCAUCACAAAGCGUAUCAGCAACGCUCUCAAAGCACAAGCUAGAGCUGAACUCCAGCCUGGUGAACGAUUGAAUGCCAAGUGCAAUGCGUUGCGCGAGGAAUUCGAUACGCAGCGUAAUGCGAGUUUGGGUCGCCAGCCUGCGCAGCGUGGUGGGGGCAACGGAGGUGUUGGCAAGAGCAAACGCCGCAAGACUGGAUCGAAGACAUUUGUGGCGGGUGAUGACUCUGACAUGGAAGAGGAGUUCGAUGAGAUGGAUCUCGAUAAGGAAGAAGAUACAGACAUGGAGGAUGACGAGGAGGAUGGCGCUGGAGGCGGGUACUCACUUCGGAGCUCAAAUCGCGCACCUCGUGCAAACACCGCCGGCCAGACCCAAGAUGAAGUUGACGUGAACGAUGUCGAGGACGACUUGGGAGGACAGGACGACGGCGACGAUUCUGACGGCAGCGUGUAUGACGGCACUUAG